AUGGUUUUCUCGCGCAUCGUCUAUAGCUCUCUUUUCGCGGCCUCGGUCGCUAGUGCUGCUGCAUCAUCCAACAAUUGGGCCGGAGGUCAACAUACAGAUAAGGGUAGAGUCGUUCAAGCCAGUGUCGACAUUGUUGUACCAGAGUGUACUCUUGGCACACCAGCCUAUCAAACAGUGCCUUAUUUCGUUACUGGUUGGGCCGGCAUCGAUGGGACUGCGGCUUGCCCACAUGCUCUCCUUCAAGCUGGCUUCGAUUGCACUGUGACUGAGGUCAACAAUGUCACAACAACACAAUGGGAAACUUGGACAGAAUGGUUCCCUGCACAGCAACAACCGUACUCUGAUUUCGAGGUACAGACUGGUGACGUUGUCUCGAUCCGCAUCAAAGCCGACUCGACGACAUCUGGAUCUACUUUUAUGCACAACCAUCGCACGGGGAAGAGUGUACACACUUCUUAUGCAAACCAGACAACUCCCCUAUGUCUGGACUCUGCCGAGUGGGUGAUUGAGUCUGAAUUGGGCUUUGGUCCUUUCGGACCCGAUGGAGAACGUACCGCUGGAUAUACUCCAUUCAAAUUUGAGCACGCCUCGUAUACUACCAAGGACGGCAAGAAGCAUCUCUCCAAACAAGAAGAUAUGUUCAACAUGGUCCAAAAUGGUACCGAAGUUGCAGAGGGAGUCUACAAGAGAGAUGGAUUCUUUGAGGUCGUGAAUGUCACGCCAGCAGACUUCCUUGCUGAUGAGUGA